GUCAGAACUGGAUUCUAACCUGGUCAUGUGUAUUAUAAGGAAGUGUAAAUCCAAAAUCCAAAAGUAGAGUAGCAUUUGAGAACUUUCCGUAUCUUAUUAGGACCUGUAUAAAAAGGGUAAAUGACUCUGAAAAAGAAAUGAUAUCAUCUAGGCUAGAAGCAACAAUGAUAUACUUAAGAGCUAUAAAUAAAAGUGGAGUAAUCUGUAUCUGAUGAUUACAUGCUCUUUUAAGUAGGAACUGUAAACCUUAGAGCUAUUACUCUAUUACGCCAAUCUUGGCUUCUAUAUACGGCAGUGUAUUGCAUUCCAAUAUUCCAUCAAUAUCAUCGUUAGUAAUACAAAUCCUAUUACACUUUCCUAAUUCUAGUUUUUCUGAUAUUGUUUCCACUAUCUCGGUGGCGGUCUAUGAACGCCACCUACUAAACUCCUAACAUCUCAUUAUUCAGCCACUCUAAAUUUAAGGUUUGAAGAUACAACAAAGAAGAAUUCGCCCAACAGAAACACUAUUAGAGUUUCCCCACAAAGCCGAAGAUUUGCACCAAUCAUAAUUCACUCCAUUUCAUACUUAAACACAAAAGUAGGAUGAUCAGAACCAGUUUGAAUUUUGAUAUUGAAAAACCAAUUGCAAGACAAUCAUUGCAAAUUUGCAACAUAAAUGCUGCUGAAUUUUCAUCAUUUAUAAAAGAGAGGAUAUGAAUUCACACAAAACCUGAGCACCAGGAGCAUAAUCGCGGUCAGCAAUAACCUGUAUCUCAAAACAUAAAGGUUAAAGUCAUAACUCAUAAACCUUGUAGAAAUAAGGAGUGCAGCUAAUAUUUCAUAAACAUGCCGGGGCAAAUUUACUUUGAUGUCAAUGUGGUCACUUAACAAUGCUAGUCUUGAAAUAAUAGUGUCUACACACACAUGUUGACAUUUAUAUACAAGUUGACAAUGCUUUAGACACCCAGAGAAACUGACUAAAUUGGUUGGGGACCUUGAUGCACACCAAUUCUCCUUUGUGAAAGUUCUACUUUUGAUUCCAUAUAAUAUUUUUACCUAAAUUUGUUUUAAUCCUUCUAAAAAAACUCAAGACACAACCCCAACUUUAUGCUCUCACUCUUCUGGUUCUCACAUGUCUCUUCAAGUCUCUAAGUCAGUGGAAUGCCAAACAUGGCACGCGACCUGCCAAACACUCACCUACCUCUAUGUCUUUGAAACUUGCUCUCGGACCCUCUCGUCAAUUGCUACCUCUCGUCCAUCUCAGACGACGUCCCUCCAUUGCUCUCAGCCCCUCUUGUCUGUCACUAUUUUAGGCGUUAGCAUAUUGCAAUUGCAAUUAGUGUAAAUAGUGUGCAUGAUCAAUCUGACAAACGAUGUGAAGGCCUUAUUUUACAAAAGCAAUCAAUAUGAGUUGCUCUAUUCCUUUACAUAAACAACCUUCAGAAGAUAUAUCUGGACUCAUUUGAAUGCUUCAGUUGACAUCAAAGAUACUUUUGUCUUUUGGAUUGUCUUUUUGAUAUCAUGAUGAAAGUGACUCAAAAAUGAAAGGUCAUCUCCUAACUUUCUUAAAGUUCCUUUCUGAAGGGAAUUAUAUGUGGGUAGUGUUGUUUUAAAAAAUGCUAUUGGUAAUAAUCGAAUGACUUCCCCUAUGAUCCAAAAAGAUAUUGCAAUUGUUCAUUGUAUAAAGAAACUAGUAUUUUUUGA